UUAACCGCCGUAGGCGUUGGGAAAUGGCAGCGGACAAUCCCUUAACUCACAACAAGUUCAACAUUUCCUAAUUCCAAAACAGAACACCAGAAAAUUUCACUAAAAAUCUGAAAUCAACUUCGACGUUGAAUCAAUUUCGACGGCAGCGACGCAUACCGGAAAAAUUUUCAACUGAUCCUGUUUAGACUAUUAUAACCUACAAUUAAAAACGUCUGUUUUUCAUAAAAGUAUUUAUCACCGAAAGUUGGUUUAAAAUGACUGCCCCGAAACAAGAAACGAUGGAUGUUGAGCCCGUGGCUCAGCCACCCGCCAACACACCCGAAACAAACGCGUCCUCAAUGGACACCACUGAAGAUGAGAAGAACUUUAUGGCAUCUUCUGGCACAGUGGGUUCAGUUACUUGCUCCUUGCAUCCCUUGGUGAUAAUGAAUGUAUCUGAGCACUGGACCCGGACCAGAGCUCAACAAAGUGAACAGCAUGUCAUAGGUGCCUUGAUUGGCAAACAAAAAGGAAGAAACAUUGAGAUUAUGAAUUCUUUUGAGCUGGUAUCCAAUGAAAUGGGGGAUGACAUUAUUAUUGAUAGAGAAUACUACAAUAUGAAAGAAGAUCAAUUUAAACAAGUCUUCAGUGAUAUGGACUUCAUUGGCUGGUACAGGACGGGUGAUGGUGUAUUUUCACAAGACAUCAAAAUCCAUAAACAAAUUUGUGAGAUCAACGAAGCACCGAUCUUGUUAAAGUUAAAUCCGCAAGAUAAAAAUAUCGAUCAUUUACCUGUGAGCUUAUACGAAUCCGUCAUAGAUCUCAUCGGUGGCGAAGCCACAAUGCUUUUUGUUCCGCUUACCUACACUCUAGCAACGGAAGAAGCUGAACGUAUAGGAGUCGAUCAUGUCGCACGAAUGUCUUCAACAGACGCGGGCGAGAGUUCAUUGGUUGCUGAACACCUCACUGCUCAAUACAGCGCCAUAAAAAUGCUUCACUCUCGCGUUAAGCUUGUUCUUGAGUACAUGAAGGCAGUGCAAAACGGGCAGCUACCAAAAAGUCAUGAAGUUCUAAGGGAGGCUUUCGCGUUGUGUCACAGGCUGCCGGUCAUGCAAGGACCACGAUUUAGACAAGACUUUUAUAAUCAAAGCAAUGAUGUCGCUCUGAUGACAUACCUGGGUACUCUCACGAAGGGCUGCAACGAUCUCAAUCAAUUCGUCAACAAGUUCAACAUCUUGUACGAUCGGCAGGGCGCGUCUCGUCGGAUGCGCGGCAUGUUCUUCUGAAUCAAAAUGCGCACGAUAUUUAUUUAAAAUUUUUGUAAUUACUUAUUAAUAAAUAUAGUGUAGUCAUAUAUCUCAA